AUGCACCUUGUUGAAACUCGGUUGCCUGAGAGUUCGCAUGUAGAGUUUGUUGCCACCCCCGUUGCCAGUUCGGCUCAUGGUUUUGCGCUUAAGACAACUGACGCUAUGAACUAUUCCACUAGCACCAACAAUGUAGUUGGUAAAUUUAAGACAGAAUUAGAAUGGAAAGAAGAGGAGCUUCUGCUGGAGGAGGAGGAAUUCAGGUUGCGUAAAAAACGCAUGGAAUUCCAGCAACGAUUCGAAAGUGUCCGUGCAGACGAAGUUGACGCACGAGGUGUAGAGUUGGAAUCUCCUUACAAACCCCAGGCUAAUUUCAUGCCUUCAGCGGUUGACGCGGUUCAGACUAUUGAGUCCUCUCUUAAAUCGCUUAUCAUGGGAAUUAGCCUACCUAAGAUUGAGGUAAACUAUUUUGAUGGCUCACCUCAGCACUAUCACAAGUUUGUGCGCAAUUUUGAAGGCAGCGUUGCUGAUCGAAUUGCAGACGACAAUCAGAAAUUGUCUUAUUUAUUGUACUAUUGUAGAGGCAAGGCAAGAGAAGCAAUAGAACAUUGUUCGCUGUUGCCCAAAGGUGAUGGAUACCAUGAGGCCUUACGCAUUUUACGGCAUCAGUUUGGCCGUCCACAUGACGUUAUUCGAGCGGUAAGCCAGGCAGUAUUUGUUGGUCCUAGAAUAAGCUCGGGUGAUGUCGAAAGCCUAAGCAGUCUCGCUAGACGGAUGAGAUCGUGUGAGGCCACAAUGACACAAUUAGGGAACGCAGCAGAGCUCAACUCCCCUAACAACCUCGUCCGUAUAGCAGACAGAUUACCCAGAACUCUCCAGGAAAGGUGGGCUGAGGUUGCGGACGGCAUCAUUGAUUCAGGUAGAGAGCCAUCCUUUAGUGAUUUACGUGGCUUUAUUGAACGUAGGGUUAACGUGCCGAACAAUGUCUAUGGUCAGUUGUUAAGUGGGUCUAGUCGCAAGUAUGAUAAUAACAGGGCCGAUUUCACAGAACUGAGGCACUCUCGAGCGCAUGUAAAUGUAACGAAGGUGGAGGAAAUUAAACAUUACUUGCGUUGUCCUAUGUGUAAUGCCUGUCACGAGUUAGGAUAUUGUGAGGAGUUCUCAAAAUUGGCAGUGAAUGAGCGCCUGCAUUUUGUUCGCACCCAUAAACGUUGUUUUUUAUGUUUAAAGGCUAAUCAUAUGGUAUCGACUUGUCGGUCUGGUCUACGGUGCGAAAAACUUGGUUGCACUCGACGACAUCAUACACUUCUCCAUACAGAAAUCGUCCGGUUAAAUGAAACUAUCGAAGGUGAAAUUCAUAGUUGUAGUGUCAGACCUACCAACGGGCAAAGCAUACGUUUAGGUUGCGUGCCCGUUCGAUUAAUUGGACCCUCAGGUUCGGUUGAUACGUAUGCGUUCCUUGACAAUGGUUCGGAUGCAACUCUAGUUAGUGGCGAAUUGGCUCAUAAGCUAGGACUGAAGGGUGCUUCGCGUAGAUUAGCAUUGCGAACGCUACAUGGGACAAGGGUGAUUUCAUGUUCUGAAAUCUGUUUCCGAGUAGAGUCGCUGUCAGGUGACUUCGAGAUUGGUAUUGAUAAUGCGUUUGCAAUUGAACAGUUGCCCGUACCAAAGGUAGCUGAUCCCAAUUAG